AUGGGCAACUUUCAGAGCUUGGAGUCGUUGACCCAUGGAGGAAGUCGCCGCCGCGAGGCCCAAAAGCAAGGUGGCGGAGGAGGUGGUCUCACGAUCGGAGGACUCACUCUAGGCGGCUCAGGCGGUGGUAUCACUGGCAAUGGUCUCAAGCUCGGCGGAAAUCAGCAGGGCAAUGGUACUGCGGUAGCUGCAGAGGAGCCCAAGUCUUCAGCAGCAGAGGGCGAGAAGUCCGCCACCGCCGGUGAAAAGCCUGCUGUCGCCGCCGAGCAAGAGUCAGAAGAGGGUGCGGCUGGUGCUGGCGCUGGUACGGAGAACCAGCCCGGACGCGCCGAAGGAGAAGCAGCAAGGAAAGAAGCUGAACAGGAAGCUCAAGAGGCCGAGGGUGAGAAGUCAAACGGUGUCAAGGCUACUGAAGAGUCUGAGAAGUUCUCUGAGGAAUCUGGUAUCACCCUCGGCGAGGACGGUGCCGCGGCGAACCUCGGUGGAAACCUGGGUAUCACGCAGGGCUCCGACGGCAGCAAGUCAAUCGGCGGGUCAAACGGUAUCAACAUCGCUGCCAAUGGAGAAGCAACACUGGCAGGUAAUGAGUGA